GGCAAAAAGUUUAACGCUCGGCGAGAGACGGUUGAGGACGACGAUUACUUGGGACUGUCAAUAUUCAGGUUUUACAUUCGAUGCCCUAGGUGUCUUGCAGAAAUAACGUUCAAGACUGACCUGAAAAACUGUGACUACGCCGAAGAACAUGGUGCUGCCAGGCUUUUUGAAGCAGAGAAAUUGCUUAUAGAAAAGGAGAAAGUGGAGCAGGCGAAAGAAGAUGAAGAAAAGAGCAAUCCAAUGAAGAUGUUGGAGAAGCGAACCAAAAUGAGUCGAUUCGAAAUGGAGGCCUUAGAACGCCUGGAAGAACUAAAAGAUCUAAAUCAGAGGCAGGGCAAGGUGAAUUUCGAUCGCAUCAUCAACGAAGUCAGGCGAGACAUAAUCGAGGAUAAAAUCAGGCAGGAGCAAGAAGACGAGGAGCUAGUGAGGUAGUC